AUGACACAAAUCAUCUGGUUGAGCUUUCUGCUUUGUACUGUUUUGGCUGAGAAUGAAACUAUCUCUCUACUAAAUCUCGACAUCGAUAACAUUACAUGGGAUGACUGUAGCAAUGGGUACUUCUCAACUAGUUUCAACAUCCUUGAUAAUAGCAAUUUGGAGUCGAUCCUAGGUUCAAGCAUUGAUGUUCAUAAAAGAGAACCAGAAAAUACUGGUAGAGAAUUACCAGGAACAUCUGCUAGGAAUUUGGAGAUUAGCAUUUCAUCUGAUUUUUCGCACUUCGAUUUCACUGAUUUGUGGAAAAGUGAGCAUAGAAGCAAUGAGGAUUCGAAAAUCGAAACCGUUCCAAUUACAACAGGAAAUUCUCAGUUGCAAGAAUUGCCGAGAACAGAUGGUGAGAAUAUGCAUAGCAGCAUUUCAUCCGACCCUCUGCACUUCGUAGAUCUCAGUCAUUUCCGCGAAAUUAACGAUGCAAAUACUAAGGAAUUUGAAAACAUAACUGAUCUCGUUACUGCGAAAAAUUCAGAGUUAUUUGUUUUGCAAAGCGCUUCCAUUACAGAUAAGAAAAAUUAUGAGUGUCCCCAUAUCGGAUGUACUAUGAAAACAAAAAGUCACCAGGAAUACAUGGCUCAUAGGAGAACUCAUCCCAAGCCUUUUAUUUAUGAAUGCAAAGUGUCCGGUUGUGUGUUAACAUUCAAUCAUCCAUCAUCAUUCUAUAGUCAUCAGAAAACACAUGGGCCUAAACUUCAGUGCGAAACCUGUGGCAAAAUUUUCAACUGUGAGAAGAAUCUUAGAUCUCACAAGAAGCGUUGUACGAAAGCUCCACUUAAGGAAAAUUACGAGUGUCCCCAUGUCGGAUGUACUAUGAAAACGAAGAAUUACAAUGAAUACAUAGCUCACAAGAAAACACACCCCAAACCUUUUAUUUAUGAAUGCAGAAUGCCCGGUUGUGGGCGAACAUUCAAUCAUCCAUCAACAUUCUACGGUCAUCAGAAAACACAUGGACCUAAAUUUCAGUGCGGAAGCUGUGGUAAAAUUUUCAACUGUAAGAGUAAUCUGGUCUUUCACAAGAAGCGCUGCGCGAAAAUUGCAUAUAAGGAUAAUUACGUGUGUCCCCAUGUUGGAUGUACUAUGAAAACGAAGAGUCGCAAUGAAUAUAUAGAUCACAGAAAAACACACCCCAAACCUUUUAUUUAUGAAUGCAAAGUGUCCGGUUGUGGGUUAACAUUUAAUUAUCCAUCAUCAUUCUCCUUUCAUCAGAAAGCACAUGGGCCUAAAGUUCAGUGCGAAAAAUGUGGCAAAAUUUUCAUCUAUAAGGGAAAUCUGAGAUCUCACAGGCAGCGAUGCAUGAAAACUCCACGAGUGAAAGAAGAGAUACAUAAUUCUAGCAUACAUUGGGAGUGA